AUGCAGACCACCGGCAUCAACACGGACGGGGGCGAGAGCCGCCCGUCCUACCAUCUGCAACACGCCCUCGGGGUGGACGAGUCCAUCCUCAAGGCAGCUGCCAGCGAGGGCCCGUCCCCCUCACCAACCCAGGCCACGAGGCCACAUACCGCUCCCUCCGCCGCUCCCAGCUCGCCAGAAGGCCAGGAGAUCAGCCUGGAGGUCCGCCAACUCAGGCUGGAAAACGAGAAUCUGAGGAGCCAGAACGCCGCCCUCAACACCAAGGCCAUCCACUCGUUGACGCUCGCGGUGGAGACUCUCCACGACAACGCCCAGAUGAUCGGGCAUCGAGCCAGCGCGGAGUGGGAGCUCGUUCGCGAGCAGCAAGAAAAUCGGGCUCGUAUCACGCACCUGGAGCAGCAGAUUCGCGCCCAGGCAGAGCACAUCGGCCAGCUAGAUCGACGAAAGGCCAAUGCGCAAGCAUACAUGACGGAGAUGGACGAGCGCGAUGGGCGCCAUAUCGACGAGAAAUCGGCCCUGCACAAAAAAAUCACCGAACUCAAUGCCACCAUCUAUCAGAUGGGUCGACAGAACUCAGCCUCCGAGAAGAAGAUUUCGGCAGAAGAGACCACACAGGACAGUACCUACCCGCAAGAAGUCAGAGAUUUGGCAGCACACAUCGAGACCCUCGUGGCCGAGAAGCAGGAAGCGGAGGAAUGGGCAGGGUUCGGAAGUCCGGAGUGGGAGCUUUUGCGUGGAAAGGACAAAGGGAAUGCGGCGGUGGUGAGGCAGAUCCGAGUGUUGAUUGCCGAGCAGGGAGGACAGGAUGUCGCGGGUCUGGAGGUGGAGAAGCUGGGAGACGCGGAGACGGAGAUCUCGCGCCUGUUCGGCCAAGUCUCCUUGCUAUCGAACGCAACGGUGGCCGGCUAUUAUCACAGGUAA